AGUCAGUAAUCGAGGCUCGUUUCUGUGUCUAGGGCCCGGUUUCCGCCCCAGCAAGCGUUCCAGCGCACGUGUACUGUGAUGAGUAUUUCAGUGCCGCGUUUACCGAAAUAUAAUAAUUGUUAAAUAUUUGGAAAAGUAAACCGACAUGGGUAAACCAGGAUUUUCCCCCGGUGGAGGUGGCGGAGGUGGGUUCCGAGGAGGUGGUAGAGGUGGCGGAGGUCGAGGAGGCCGUGGAGGUUUCGGUGACAGAGGUGGAGGCGGUCGUGGAGGUUUUGGAGGACGUGGAGGUAGCCGAGGAGGCUUUGGCGGUGGCCGUGGUGGAGGUGGAGGAACUCCAAGAGGACGUGGUGGUGGCCGUGGAGGAGGUAGAGGACGAGGAGGGGGAGGCUUCAAGGGUGGAAAAACUGUUGUGAUUGAACCUCAUCGUCACGAGGGAGUGUUUAUUGCAAGGGGAAAAGAAGACGCGCUAGUUACAUUAAACCUUGUCCCAGGAUCAGAAGUAUAUGGAGAGAAAAGGAUCAGUGUUGAGGGUGACAAUGCUGAAAAAGUGGAAUACAGAGUGUGGAAUCCAUUCAGAUCGAAAUUAGCAGCUGCCAUUCUCGGCGGAGUUGACCAAAUCCAUAUGCCACCCGGUAGUAAGGUGUUGUACCUAGGAGCUGCAUCUGGAACAACGGUAUCGCACGUAGCAGAUGUUGUUGGACCGGAAGGGCUCGUGUACGCGGUAGAAUUUUCACACAGGUCUGGUCGAGACCUGAUAAACGUUGCGAAGAAACGGACCAACAUUAUUCCAAUAAUUGAAGACGCCAGGCACCCUCAUAAGUACAGAAUGUUAGUUGGUAUGGUGGAUACCAUCUUCGCAGAUGUUGCUCAGCCAGAUCAGGCUCGAAUCGUUGCUCUCAAUGCUCAGUACUUCCUGAAAAACGGCGGCCAUUUCGUUAUAUCUAUCAAGGCAAGUUGCAUAGAUUCUACCGCACAACCGGAAGCAGUAUUUGCAUCUGAGGUCAAAAAGCUAGUAUCAGACAAACUCAAACCUCAAGAACAAAUAACGUUAGAACCUUACGAGAGGGAUCACGCUGUGGUAGUUGGAGUGUUUAGACCGCCAGCAAAGAAAGCCUAAAUAAGUGUUAUUUUACUUGAGAAAUACAUCCUCAGACUUUGACUCCGGAACCAUGUUUCUUCCUCACAUGCCAGUGGUCGGUGACUACUGCCCUGCGAUCCAAAAGACUGUAACACAAUUUUGAAUCUGCUAAAAGUAACGCAAUCAAUAACCGACUUAUAUUCAAAUUCAGAUUGUGGGCAGCAACCUUAUUGUAUAUUCCAUAAAAAAUAAAUUGAUGACGCAUUAUCAGUACAAGUCGCAGGAAAGAGAGUGUUCAGACAUUGAGCAAGUGAUGCUCUAACGAGCAUAGAUUUAAGGCACGCUUGUAUCGGUGUAGAUUAUUUUUAUUAAGAGAUAAAAAUCCUAAUUAUAUUUUCAAGCUGUAAAUAAUGAUUGAUUUUUUUUCAUCAAAUAAAGCUUGAGAAAUUACGAA